AUGGCAUCUUUGUGUACGAUUUUCAGUUGGUCACCUAGUACACUUGAUUCAUUAGGACCUACAUUAAUUGUAGCUAGCAUUGCUGUUGGUACUCAUAGUCUUUUUUGGAUUCAAUUUAUCGUAUGUUCAACAUUACGACAACGAAAUAUGAUGUGGCUCUAUGCUUAUUUAGUUACGGAUGGUCUUCUUAUUGCACGAUUCUUUAUUUUCUAUGCUAUACGUCUAGUAUCUAUUUGUUUAUAUCCAACAGCUCGAGAUGUUUUAUGUUAUUUUGAAGCAUCAUCAAAGUUCUAUAUUAAUACAGUACAAACUUAUCUUUUAUUAGCAUUUAAUAUUUGCCGAUAUUUACAAAUAGUUUCUAAUAAAAAUAUUUAUAUAAAACGACCUCGCUUAAUUAUUUUCAUACAUUUUCUAAUUUAUAUAUUACCAGCAAUUAAUGUUAUUGUACAAUUUGUUGCUCAACUAUCACAAAUAUAUCGUCGACGAGGUGGAUCUUGCGAUAUAGUAUAUGUAUCAACAAUAGUACAAGUAUUUAAUGUAUUUGUAAUUUAUAUUAUACCUAUAUUUUCAAAUAUUUUUAUUCUUGGACUUGGCAUACAUUAUGUUAGUUCAGUACGAGGUAUUUCUAAUGAACAAAUUAUUGGUAUUCGUCGUAAACGUCAACGAAUACUUUUAUUACAAACAAUAAUAUUUUAUUCGAUUUGGCUUGUUUUAUGGAGUCCAGAUGUACUAGCUGGGCAAUUUACUAAUGCUAAUAGUGAUCCAGCAAUUUUUACAUCUUUAUUAAGUAUCAUUGAAAUCGCUUUAGAUCCAGCUAUCAUCGUUGAUGUUUGUUCGGCAUGGUCCGAGAAUUGGAGAAAUUCAGCUGAAUUAAACAGUCUUGUUUAUACAAAUGUUAAACCAAUGGGUGGUGCAAAUGCUGGAAAAUAUUCUAAAAUUAAAGUUAAUAGUUGGGAAGCAUGUGUCACUCAAUGUUGUGAAUUUCAUCGGUGUAAUAUUGCUUUUUGGAUAUCAUCAGUAUGUGUUCAUAUUGAAUGUGUAUCCGAUGAAUUAUGUGAACCAAUCAAUAGUGAUGCUAGUGAUAUUAAUGAUGAAACAUUCUAUGUCAAAAUUCGUUCGAUUGAAUCAACAGCAGCUGCUAUUGAUUAUGAAGAUCCAGGACGUGAUGAAUGUAAUGAAACAAAAUUAUGUGCAAUCAAUGAACAGUGUGAACAAAUAGCAAUCAAUGCUCAAUUAAAACGUAAUGUAUGUUUAUGUGAUCGUAAGAAUGGUUAUCGUCGUAUCAAUGGUGUUUGUCGUCAAUAUUUACUCCAUGCAAAACCUUGUGCAAUAUAUGAAAGUAACGAUGAUGAAGAAGAUAAUCUCGAUAGUAAUAUUAAUCAUGGAAAAUGCAAUAAAAAUGAAGAAUGUUUACCACCCAAUGAUCGUGCUAAACAUGGUUAUUGUCAAUGUAAAUUAGGUUUUCUUCGAACAACAGAUACUGGAAAAUGUGUGAUGGAUGAUAAUCAAGAAAUUCUAUUAAAAACUUCAACAAUAGCAAUGAAAACAACUUCAAUUUCAUCAUCAUUAUUUGAUCUUGAAGUCAAUGCUGGUGAUGAUCAAAUAAUAACAUUACCUAAAAAUCAAAUUGAUUUAUAUGGACAUAUUCUUUAUAAAUCAAAUAAAAGUGAAAUAGAUAUGUCAAUAUUAAAUAAUAAAAAUUUGACUUUAUUUUGGAUACUUAAAUCAUCAACAAAUGGAGCGAAAAUUAAUAUAUCGAAUCACGAAGAUUUAACAUCACAUACUGUUAUUAAACAAGUACGAGAAGGAAUAUAUGAAUUUGAAUUAAAAUUAAAUAAUAAAGAAGGAAAUACAUUAGCAUCCGAUAUUGUUAAAGUCGAAGUUCGCCCAGCUACAACAACACCACCGCCUCUUGUCGUCAAAGUACCUUCGCCAUUAACAAUUCGUUUACCUCAACAAAUAACGAAACUUGAAGCACAUGUUGAACCAUCUGAUCGUCGUGUUACUUAUCAAUGGACAUAUAUGAACGAUGGUCCUACUACACCAUUACUUGACAAUGUUGAUACAUCGGAAUUAUCAGUAUCAAAUCUUCGUCCAGGUAGUUAUUCAUUUCAAUUACGUGUUGUUGAUAAUCUUGGUAAUGAACAAAUCAAAACUAUUCAACUAGUUGUUACUGGUGAGCCAAUCGAAGCUCGAGUAAGCACUCAACGUGAAGUUGUAUUUUGGCCAUCAGAUGAUGUUAUCCUUGAUGGUACAUCCAGUAUUAUUGAACAACAAACAAAAAUAGUUUGGACAUUAUUAUCAAAUGAUAAUAAACAACCUAUAAAUGAAAUUGAAGUUGUCUCUCCACAUUCACUUAAAACAAGAAUAUCAAAUCUUCAUCAUAUGUUUCAAAAAAAAGAUAUUCUUGUUAUUGUCUAUGCACAAGAUGGUCAACCACCAAAAAUUUCAAUUAAUUCAGAAACACCAAAUGUUAAUAUUAUCAAUAAUCUUCUUAUUCUCAACGCAUCAACAACAACUGCUGAUUAUGGUAUUGCAAAAUGGCAAUGGAAAAAAAGUCCAUUAAGUCCAGCUACUGGAUAUUUUAUAAAUAAUUCCGAUUCAUCAUCGAUCGCUUAUAUAACAAAUUUAAUCGAAGGACAAUAUAUAUUUAAUCUUUAUGUGUAUGAUGAUCGACAUCAAAUGAGUGAAAGUAAUAUAACUAUUCAUGUUGAUGGUAUACCGGAUGCUGGAAAUUUAAUUGAAAUUAUUUUCUCCGCAAGACCAUAUUUAUAUGAACAAACACUUGAUAAUCUUUUAGCACAAAUACGUGUUUUUCUUAUUGAUAUAAUACCUAAUAUUGAUAUAAUUAUGGUUGGAAUGUUGGACAACAAUAUUUUAUUACUAAAAGGAAUAGAUUCAAAAACUGAUAUGAUUAUUUCACCAAAAAUACUUGCAAUUCAUUUACAAAAGAAAAUUAAAUCAUUACGUUCAGCUUCAAAUAUGAAUAUUUUAUCAAUUGAUACUCAUUUAUGUUUAUCGAAUUGUUCAAAUCAUGGAAAAUGUGAUCAGAAAACAAAACGUUGUAUUUGUAAUAGAUAUUAUAUGGAAAAUUGGUUGAAAUCAUUUAUGCAUAAAGAACCAAAUUGUGAUUUUGCAAUUCAUUAUUUUGUUUUACUGACAAUUCUUGGUUCAAUAUUCACAAUAGUAUUUUGUUGGUUAUGUUUAUGUUGUUGUUUACGUUGGAGACGUCGUCGUAAUUUAUUAGAACGUCGUAAACGUAUUCGUUAUCAAUUAUUACAUGAAAAUGAUGAUGAUGAUAAUGAGGAUGAUAAUGGUAAAUAUAGUCCGCAUAGUCCAAAAGAAAAAAGUAAAAGUAAAUUUCGUUUAUUAAGAAAAAAUAAACCAAAAACUUCUAAUGUAAUCAUCUCUGAAUCUGAUAUGUCGGAUGAACAUGGUGAACAAACACUUUAUGAUAAGCCACUUCUCACAGCUAAAUUACAAAUGGGUUCACCAAAUACAAUAAAAAAUCGUGGAUUAAAAGUUCCUGUACAAGAUAGUAAUGGUAGUCCGAUGUUACGCAAAGAUGGUCAGUCACCACCAACAACUGACAAUAAUGUUGCUUAA